AUGGGCUUCACGACAGGCCUUUUGGGCGGCUUCACCCUGACCACCACCGUUCUCUACCUCUCCCUGUCCUACCACACCCAACAGCGACUUCGCCAAGCCGCCGCAUUGCGCCAACAGUCUCUCCUGUUCAACAAUAUCGUCGAGCCGUUGCCCCCUCCGCCCCCACCGACAAGUAGAGAGGUCAAGGCAGGACUAUGGGAAUCAGCAAAGGACCAAUGGAACGCCGAACUCGCUCGGAAUGUACGGAGACUACAGGACAUGGACUGGACCGCAGUCGCGGAACGCCUGGAAGAUGGCGUAAGCGUAACGUGGAGACGCAUCUUCCAAGGAGCACAACAGGGAGUAAAGGUGUCGGAGGAGAAGUUGGCUGAGGGGGCAGAGAUCGCUAGUGAGAAGAUCAAGGAAGGAGCUGCUGUGGCUCAGGUGAAGCUGCAAGAGGGUGCUAAGGUUGCGGCGGAGAGGACUGUACAUGGAGCAGAUGUCGCUCAGCGGCGGUUGAGGGAAGGGGCUGAGGUUGCGGCGGAGAGGGCUCGGCAGGGAGCGAAGGCGGCGUCGCAGAAUAUCAGACAGGGCGCAGAAGUCGCACAGGAAAGGCUAAGGCAUGGGGUGGAGGUCGCGUCGGAGCAGAUCAGUCAUGGAGCGGAGGUUGCGCAAAGGACCGUCCAACAGGGUGCGCGUGUCGUGGAGAAGAAUGUCAGACACGGAGCAGAGGUUGCGCAGAGGAACGUCCAACAAGGGGCCCAUGUCGUGGAGGAGAAUGUCAGACACGGAGCAGAGGUCGCCUCGGAGAACAUCAGACAAGGGGUUCAGGUUGCGCAGAGGAAUCUACAACAAGGCGCACGUGUCGUGGAGGAGAAUGUCAGGGAGGGUGCACAGGUUGUGCAAGAGAAUGCACGGGAAGGCGUGAGGCAGAGGCUGCAGUAUAAUGAGGCUACCGGGAGGUAA